CUCGUCUUGGGUCGAAGGUCACAGAAGAACAAGGGCCAUUUUAGUGGUUCUUGAAUCGAGCUAGUGUUCAACAAAACUUGCAAAAAGGAAAAGUGAUAAAAUGGAUUCUCUCACUUCUAAUCUACCUGAAGAGAAAAGACAGCAGCUUUGUGCAUUGCUGGGGAAUGUAAAACUGAGUCUUCUCUACAAAGCAUCUGUUCAUGGAUAUAAUGCUUCUGCCUUUCACCAGAGAUGUGACAGUCAGGGUCCCACCUUGCUUGUAGCCUACAACAGCUCAGGCUACAUCUUUGGAGGAUACACUAGUGUAGAUUAUGCUCAAACUGGUCAGCACAUUGCUGAUGAGGACAUAUUCUUAUUCAGCUUUCAAGGCAAGAUCCCUGUCUGCAUCAAACCUAACAGUGGACAUAAUGCACGUCUUGAUGACUCUGGAGUGCCCAACUUUGGUCAACAAUUGUACUUUUGCUAUAACAACCAGCCUUCUGUGUAUCAUCAUGGAGGUCAUUCAUUCAGCUUUAAAGCUGAUACAUUGUAUGGAAACAAUGCUCAGCUAAGUGAAUGUGAGGUGUACAAAGUGAAGCAGGUCCCUCAGGUCAGAGUUGAGGAGAAGCCAUGGAGGAAUGUGCAGUGGAGUGCCAAACGAAAAGAAGAACUCAUGGAAUUGAUCAAGAAUCAUAAACCUUUGAUGACUUCUGUGAGCCGGAUUCGAAUCCUAAUGAUCGGUCCUGUAGGUGCCGGAAAGUCCAGUUUCUUCAACUCCAUUAACUCCAUCUUCGUGGGUCACGUGACCAGCAAAGCCUUGGCAGGAUCAACAAACACUAGUCUGACCACACAGUUUCGCACGUAUCCAGUCAGAGAUGGUCGUGAAGGAAAGUCUUUGCCUUUUGUAUUAUGUGACACCAUGGGACUAGAAGAGCAGUCAGGUGCAGGAUUGGAUAUUGAAGACAUCAGCAGCAUUCUUCAAGGUCACAUAUCAGACCGUUAUAAAUUCAACCCUGUGGCACCAUUUCAAUCGGAGCAAAAGGCGUCCAGAUCUGCAUCUCUACAGGACAAGAUCCACUGUGUGGCGUUCGUGAUAGACGCCACCAAAGUCUCCCUCAUGUCUAACAAACUGGAGGAAAAACUUUCUGCCAUACGUAAAAAAGUGAACUCACUGGGCAUUACCCAGAUUGUCUUGAUGACAAAAGUAGAUGAGGCGUGUCCCUUUGUGGAGAAAGACCUUCAAUGUCUGUAUGUCAGUUCCUACAUCAAGACAAAGGUGCAGGAGGUGAGCUCUCGGUUGGGUGUGCCGGUGUCUUGUGUGUUACCAGUGAAGAACUACAGCCAGGAGUUGGAGCUGAACCUCAACUGUGAUGUUCUGCUGCUCACUGCUUUACAGCAGAUGCUUCGCUUUGCUGAUGACUAUUUUGAUGACAUUCGUCCAAUGGAGGACAACCCCUUGUAAUGUGCAACUGCUUUUUCAGUUUAUGUGGCUUAGGCCAAAGUAGUUUGAUUCAUAUUGGCUUCGCUUAGAAUACAUAUGGUUAAUCAUUCUUCUAGACCGGCACAAUAAUACAUUUUCUGUAGACUGUUUGUAUUUUCUGGCUGUAUAGUAUUUCUGGCAUAAUUCUACAAAUCGCUACAGGAAUAUGAUGAUAAAAACUAGCUAGUGUAUGUCAUAAUCAAGUCUUGUUUCCAUAGACGUUCUGAAUUUAAGCCAAAAAUUGGAAAACCACAAAAACAAUUUGCGAAUAAUGCAACGUAUCCAUCCCAUGUGUUCAAGAGAACAAAAUGUCAUUUCUGAGGAAACUGGUACAAAAUUAUUUGUAGCCACUGCAUAAUGUAAUAAAUGACUUGCGGUUUAGAGUGUGAGACAAAAUGCUGUCAUGAAUCUUAUGUUUGCUUGAGAUCGGGGGCAGAUGACUUCUAAAUGUGAGAAUGUUCUAAAAGGUAAUUGUCACCAAUCAUUUGGUGAUCACAGGAAUGGUGGUGGUGGUGGCGUAGUGGGCUAAGGCACAUAACUGUUAACAUAAUUGUUAAUCAGAAGGUCACUGGUUCGAUCCCCACAGCCCCCACCAUUGUGUCCUUGAGCAAGGCACUUAACUCCAGGUUGCUCCGGGGGGAUUGCCCCUGUAAUGAAGUGCACUGUAAGUCGCUUUGGAUAAAAGCAUCUGCUAAAUGCAUAAAUGUAAAUUUUAUGAUAUCUUUUGACUCCAAUGUUGUGAUCAAUAGUGUCCGCCUGGUUAAUCGAGUUGCAAGGGCAUAGUCAUUGUGUAAUUUCUCUUGUGGUUCAGUAAUUCUGUUGAAUUAUAUUUGUAAUGAUGCAUGUUCUGUAUAAGUAAUAUAAUUUAAAUAGAAAAUGUAUACUAAGUACAGACAUAUUUGCAAUUAAAAUCAUCUGGUGUGUAUUGAAUGUCUUCCAUAUUUUGCGCAAUUAAACA